GGUUAGGUCUUUUAUGUAGGGUUGUUUUUUUAUAUGAGCUGCUUGCUGGGGGGCUGUUCUGCUGGUUUCUUCAGCAGAGAUGUGGUCAGAGGCAGUAGGUAACAGUAACUCAGAAAGCCACUUACAUAGGACAAAGAUUGAAACUGGACAAUGGGAGCUUUGUGUUCCUGAGCUCUCAAACUGCAGCUCUAAUAUUUGGGGUGAAGGAAGGAUAGUAGGUAGCAUCUAAGAGCAAUCACAGGAGGGACACUUAAAAGGUAGAUUCUGGAAACAAUGGCUCUUACCAACAGUAUCAACAGUGACAGUAAAUUGGAGAAGCCCAUAUCUCUGAUUUGGGGCUGCGAACUGAGCGCAGAGAAUACAACCUGCACCUUCAAGAUGCCAGAUGACUGGGCCUACGAGCAGCAACUGGCCUUGCGGAUGAUCUGCGUGGGGGAGAAAACCAAUGAUGAGCUCAACAUUGUAGAGAUCAUCCCUCCAGAGGACAGCCAGGACCCAAGCCCUGUAGUCCUAGCUGCCUUGAAGCCUUCUGUGCUGCCAAUGGCCCCCAUGGUGGGAGUUGAGCUGACGCCUCCUGUCACCUUCCGGCUGAGAGCUGGCUCUGGCCCAGUCUACAUCACUGGACAGCACAUUAAUUGCCAGCUCUUCUUUGCAGUGGUCCCAGAUGACUCCUGGAUGGAGGAGGAGGAGGAGGAGGAAGAAGAAGAAGAGUACGAAGAAGAAUCAUUUCAGGAGGAGUCUCCCCAAAAAGCCACCAAGCGCCAGCCAUACAAUAAGAAAGCAAGUGUAGCCAAGAAGAAGAAAGUGGAGAAAGAAGAGGUCAGCAACCCUGUUCGUUCUGAUGAGGAUGCACCUCCUAACAAGGGGAAAGGAGCAGGCAGAGGGAGGAAGCCAGCAGCCAAGAAAUAGAUGGACAUGCAGUGAGGCACCCACAGGGGCCUGCUGCUGAAGAGAACAGAGAUUUCUUUGUAUAUAUGUGUGUAUGUGCGCACACUACUUAUUUCUCUAAAUUUAUCCUUAAUAACAAUAAAACGCGCUUUUUUUUUUUUUUGCA